AUGGUAUUAUUCCCAGUGAUCCUGUCCCUGGUUGCUAUUGUGCUUCCAUCUUUCCCUGCAAAUGGAAAGAAGGUAUUUCCUGGUUUGUCAACCACCUUACCAAAAGUCCAAGAGGAGAUUGUAAAUAAACACAACGAACUAAGGAGAGCAGUGUCUCCAAAAGCCAGUGACAUGCUAAAGAUGGAAUGGUACGCUGCGGCAGCAGAGAAAGCCCAAGACUGGGCAAACCAUUGCAAGUACAGUCAUAGUGAAAAAGAAUUCCGAAAACCCAAUGUGAGCUGUGGUGAGAACCUCCUUAGGUCAAAUAUUCCCCUUUCAUGGUCAUCAGCAAUCCAAAUGUGGUAUAGUGAGAGCGAAGAUUUUAUCUUCAAUGUAGGACCAAAGACACCUACUGCAGUAAUUGGACACUAUACUCAGGUUGUUUGGUACUCCACUUUCCGUGUGGGAUGCGGAAUUGCCUACUGUCCUAACUUCUCUUUAAAAUACUUUAUGGUUUGUCAUUACUGUCCUGGUGGUAAUUUUAUGGAAAGACAAUAUACCCCUUACAAGCAAGGAGCCCCUUGUGCCAGUUGCCCUGGUCACUGUGAAGAUGGACUGUGCACCAAUGCUUGUGAUUAUCAAGACAGAUAUUCCAACUGUGCAGAAAUGAAACAAACACUAACCUGUAAUUUUACAGUGGUCAAGAAGUAUUGCAAGGCCACCUGCAAUUGUGAAGACAAAAUUUUUUAAGUGCCAAGUGGGCUGGGCUUCUUGGAGAAGGCCACGUCAUCUGCUUAGAUUUGACUCAUACUGCUAGAGAAAUCAUAGAUAUAGUAGCUUCCAAACAAUAAAAGUUCUUUUUUUCUGGAUCUGUUUCUUAUUUAACGGAAUCUCUUUCAUACAAUG